CCGGGAGUGACCUAUCCUCACGUGGAACAAAAAGAAAGUGACGUCCAGUUUAAUUCAAGCGUUGACCAGAGAAUAAGUUUCGGGUACUGAGGAGAACACAAGAAUAUAGUUCGUUUAUUACCAACUUAUCCUAAGGGAAGGGGGUGAACGCUGAGUAUGAAUGGGGAGGGGGCAGCAAAAGGAGGGAGAGGGAGGAGAUCCCCCCCCCCUCGACCCCCGGAAACAGAUUUCUGGGCCAGGGAGGAUAGAACAAGGCAAUCGAUUGGUCAAUGUGAUGACGAAGGGGUGGUCCAGUUAGUAGACAACGUGGGAGAGGUAGUGAUAGAUGAGAGAGGGAAGCGCUUCAAAGUGAAUGAGUCUUUCAACGCGAUCAAGGAGCGAUGGUUGAAGGAGCGAAUGGUCAUGUUCAUUAUUCAAGAUGUUGCCCGGGAUCUCAACACGAGUGUAAACGAAGAUCUAAUCAGGGCACCCGAAGAUGGUUGGAUGGCUAGGCGACUGUUCGACCCGAGUGUGAGAAGGGGCAAAGUCAAGUUCGAGAGUCCGGACGUGGUUUCUUAUGUGGCAAAAGCAGUGGAAGUGGCAAAUUGGCUUAUCAAGAAGAGAACGAUCAAGUUGGGACUAAGGGGAGUAGAGUAUCCAGUGUUGGUAAAACCAUGGAUGACGAAGCCAGAGUUGAAGGAGUUGAGGCUGAGAGAAGCGGAGACGAACUUCUGGAUAAUUGCACUCAGGGUUCCUCUGGAUGCAAUAUGUUAUCUUCCAUCGGCGGUGCAAGGCUUAAUCAGAGGUGUGAAGUUUAUGCACCCACCGGAAGCUGAUAGAUGUAAACCGAGGCUAAUGAACAUCAAAAUAGAUAUGGAACCGCAGGCUCGGUUUCGGGUGGAGGAUACUCUAACGAUAGAGUCACCGAAGGGAGAGCUGUGGACCGUGGAAUCGGCCACUCCAUUUUCGGACUGGUGCAGGAAGUGCCGCUGGUCGCCUGAACGGUGUGUUGUUCGUCACCGACAGACGGUCACGGGCAACAACGUCGUUAGACGUCUCCGUCUCGAAGAUAUCCUCAAUGGAGGCACACAAGUCGCUUCCAUCGGUGUGUCCACAGCUUCGGGGGCCUCGAGUUUCGUGCACCCGCUACCUGUGAGCGACGAGGAUGAUAACCCGUACGAUUUCCUGCUUUCCCAAACAACCAUCGCCGAGUUUGAACGGGAACAACUGCUGAGAGACCAAGUCCAACGAGAGCAAGUUUCGACAGAUCGUCGUUCAGAUGUCGAUGAUGCCACGGUGGGGGGACUCGCUGUUCCUCCUCAGCCUUCGUCGUUCGGUAGACAAGGGAAAAGGAGGUACACAUACCACACGCGCAAAAGAGGGUCGAACGAGUCGGAUGCCACAUAUGAACGUAGAUGCAGCCUCGAAGAGUGCGAGGCAGUUCUGAAGAAGACAUGUUGCAAGUUUUACGGAUGUCUCUCUAAAAUGAAAGCAGUGGAGGUCCAAAAGUGUAGACGCGAGUUUAGAUCGGUUAGAGGCAAGGACAUACGCAAGUGGUGGAUAUCCAAGCUUCGUAGUUUCACAUCGCUGGUCCAAAGGAAGCCGAAGGUGAAACCUAUUGUAGAAAUGCAUCCGGUGUGUGUCACCGCGUGGUGUUUGAUGCUCGGUUGUGGCCGAAACACAUACAAACGACAUAACGAUGACCUCGGCGAAGGAGUGGUCGACGCUGGUCAUGCUAACGAGGGUCGUCCUCGGACAACAACGCAAUAUGCGUUAACAUGGUCAGCAUUCGAGGAUAUUAUCCUCGACGAGUCCGAUCCCAUGCCGGAUCAGAUGGAGACAGGUCCGGAUUUCGAGAUUAGGAACCGUAUUCGUCUCCCUUCAGUGUAUGCUUCUAAGAAAGAUGUCUAUAGAAGCAUCGAACGUAGGUUAGACAAACUGGGCGUAUCUUGCUCGUCGUAUCAGGUGUUCUUAUGGAGAGAUUUUUUUUGGCACGUUCGGCUCGCUCGAGUGACUGACCACGCAAGGUGCAACGAGUGCAUAAAAAACACCAUCCUCAUUGAGGGAGCCCUGUCGGGGCCACGGCGGGAACUGGUUGCCGCACAAAGAAGCCACCUUGAUCUGCAAAAGGCUCAUCGCAAGUUGUAUGACCGAUGGUCGUCCGAGUCUCAGCUGCAUAAGGACCAGAGUUUGUGCAUCAUUAUUGAUGGAAUGGACCAGGCAAAAACUACCAUCCCACAUGCAUCACGCCGACAUUUGUCUAAGGACAUGGCUAAUAACAUGAUGAUGAAAACGAACCUCACCGGUAUCAUAACUCAUGGUAGGAAUCCGUCAUUGAUUGUGCACACAUGGUUUCCUUAUCUAUCGCACGGAUCGAAUUCUGUAGUUACAUCCAUUGCCAAAGUUUUGAGGGACGUGCAAGCGCGAGAAGGGAAACUCCCGUCGGUGCCGCGCGUCCAAGAUGAUAACUGCGGCGGACAGAACAAAAACAGAUUCGUUUUCGCAUUCCUUGCAAUGUUGGUCAAGUUUCGGAUUUUUGACGAGAUCUUGAUGGGGUUCAUGAUAGUUGGCCACACCCACACCGACAUCGACGCGAAGUUUAGUUUGUUUGCUCGCAAACUCAACGGGUCUGACGCGUACACGAUGGAAGAACUGUUUGCGGUGCUCCAAAUGUCUUGUCAGGAACAAGUGGAAUGCACGCAACUCGCGGAAAUUGUGCACUGGAAAACCGCGAUCUCGCCGUACCUUGACAACUUGAUUUCAGGCCAUGCCACGCCCCACCUUUUCCGUUUUUACAUGGAGGGUGAUAAUCCGGCUAUGGUCUACAAAGCGCACUGCACCGACAAAAACUGGGGGCCUGACAAGGGACCGGUGUACUGGUUCAAACGUGGUGCGGACAAGAAAUGGGCAGGUCCCGCAUGGGGAUUCGAGCCGCGCCGCGAGUCACCCAACCCCACUUCCGGUGACUUUACAAACGACAAAGCGGGUCUGCGCGUUUUAGUGAAGACGUGGAAGGACGCAAUGAACGAAUGGGAAACUCAAACUAUAGAGGAGCGCCAACUCAAGACUGACAGACUGAGAUACUGGACGGACCGUUUAGCCAAGUUCGACAACAUUAAGGUGGAAGAGACCGGAACAGUGUCGUUGUCAUACUCUUUUUGGCCAUCACCCAGACCGAGCAAACCAAGUGCAGACUCCGCGGUCCCGUGCGUCGUGCCACAGCCAUUGAGAAAACCGUGCUUUGUCGGCCAUAGGAAGGAUGCACCCAAACCAGAAUUUGACCCUUGUAAAGUUGUUGAGAUUGAUAAUUUCGUUGUUCUGCGCGCUCCGGAUGACGACGUGCAAGAAGGGUGCACCUUUUGGGUUGCUCGUGUCAUCAAGAAGGAGACAACCCGAAUUUUCGUGGAGUACUGGAGGCCGUGCGGUCGCGAACAAGAGGUCUCAAUGCUUUACGAAGAUGCAUGGAAUAAAACGUGGAGAGUGGAAACUGAAUUGGAACCCGGAUGGCAAGACCUCAGAAGCGUGGCAUGGGCAUGGACCAGCGGAAUUCGAUCCAAAACGGGAAUGAAAAUCCGGAAAGGGGAUGCACUUAAAACACUCGCAUGCCGACGAUCUCAUACAUGCCCAUACAUGCAUAAGAAGAAAGGGGGAGAGGAGAUAGAGUACACACUGCACAAAGACAGAGUAGGUAGCGGAAAACAAUUAUGCACAGGUGUGGAGACAACACAAAGUGCUUCUCACUCUCUGACGAUACUCCCAACAACCAAUCGCCGGAUUCAGCUGAUACUGCAUGCAAGAACAGUCGGGAUAUCAAUGCAUGACGAUUUUCGAAGACGCUCGAGGAUUGUGGUUGGUGUCUCCAUUUGCAGAUAGUGAAACGCCGGACCCAUCCUGGGCCGCUGCACCGGGAGAUGGUAGAACAUUAUCGGUGGGGAUGUC